AUGAUAUCUUGCACAAGACAUACAUUCCGCUUACUGAACAAAAAUUUUUUAUGUAAUAGCAUAUUCAAUCGUCAAAUAAAGACAUCAGCAAAUUUUCAAUCGUCACCUAUAAAUGAUGCAGACGAAAUUUUAGAAACCCACUAUAUACCAGGUAGAUACCUUCAUUUUAUUAAAAAGAAUAAAAGACAACUUAAAAAGGAGGCACGUGAAGCUUCAGGUCUUGGAAGUAAACCUGUUUUAAGAAUUUCUGCUCGUAAAUCUGAAUGUCUCAAAAAUGAGGAAGGAACACACGAUACGAGCGGCGAUGCUUCAACGGCUUCAACAACUUUGAGUUACAUCCAGCGCAAUCUCGCACAACGCUUAAGCCGUGCUAUUAUUAAGUGUAACGAUCAAGUCCCGCACGUGUAUUUAACUUCUACAUUCAUGAAAGUUACUAACAUAACUAUAUCUCCAGAUUCAAAAUUUGCGCGAAUAUGGUGGAAACCUGAAGGACAAAAAGGUAUCAGUAAGGCUGCCAUAGAACAACAACUUCGUAUUAAUCUUACUCAAUAUCGUGCUAUGCUUCAACGUUCUAUGCGUGUUCGUAAACCACCAAAAAUAUUAUUUUGUCGUGAAGACUUACAAUUAGGUGAUAUUAACAAAAUUUUGGAUCAGAUUGAAUCAGAGACUAAAAUAGACCUGGAUUCUUCAACUAAUUUUGCUAAUGCAUGUUGA